AAAAAAAAAAAAAAAAUAUAUAUAUAUAAUUCAUAAUCUGUUUAUUUAACAGUUCAUCUUCUUUAGUAAUACAUUUCUCCGCUGAAAUGUAAAGAUAUGGUCGCCAACUAUAUGAUAGCACACUAGUUUUGAGACACAAGAUUGUUUAGAAUAAUUUCUGAUGAAGAUCAGUUAUUUUGCUGUACCUGAUUGUUAUAUAAUGUCUAACUAAAGGCUAGAAUAUAUGUUUAUUGCUUAAAUAUAUCACUAUAGCAUAUUUUAGGUUUCUUAUAACAAUAUGUGUUUUUAUGUAAAAGCAAAAUAAAAUGUUCUAAAAAAUUGUAAUGCCUAUUUUCUUUCAUACACAAAUGUAGCAUUUAGUUCUUUUCAUAACAGGCAAUCAGCAAAAUGUGGCUUCUCUUGAACAGGAAAUCUCACACACAUAUGCCAGCCCACACAGAGAGCAGAUACAUUUAGGCUAGAAAAGGGAAGACUGAAACAAACCUAAAACAACAAGUGCACUAUGUGACCUGUCCAAAAUGAUAUUAUUUUUAGUCAGUCUUUUCCUUGGGAACAUUCCCUCAUUUGCAUUUUCAGCAUCCCAGCCAAAAAUAAACUGCCUUAUCAUAAAUCUGGACUAUGUUAAUUGCACGUGGAGUGAGCACGAGCAAAAUUACAGUUUCAAGAGCAAGUUUUCACAUAACGAAAUUCUGGAUUGUCCUAAAUAUCUCAAGAUUAAAGGUGUUAACGUGGGCUGCAUUUUAACCUACAAAAACCCACCACGGUUUAAUACUUUAAACACAUGGCUGUACAGUGACAACGGCAGUUUGGUGACAGAGCAGGAACAUAAAAACAUGAAAGCAUCUGUGAAGCUUUACCCUCCAUUCAACCUGUCUGUGGUGGAGAAAAAAGAUGCUGGACUGUGGCUGUACUGGAAUAUUACAAGGAACGACGCCUGCAUUGAGAGUGAAAUUCGUCACAGGACAGACAACAAUGCCUGGAAGAACACCAAUCCAGGCCACAGGACCUCCUUCAGUUGGCCUUUUCCCUCAAAAAAGCGGUAUGAGUUCCAGGUCAGGGCUCGAAUAGGGUAUUCCUGCGGAGAGUCCAUGUUUUGGAGCGACUGGAGUGAGCCUGUCUACUGGGGAUCUUUAAAGGCCAACAAUAACACAGAGAGUCCGAUUACCAUGUCUGGGACGUCACUGGUGCUGUAUAUAGCGGGAGCCACAAUAAUUCUCAUCAUACUCUCCUGCUUGCUCGUCCAUAGCGAGAGGUUAAGAAUCAUUUUAAUACCAGUGGUACCAAAUGCAGGACGACAUGUAAGCAAUCACCUUGCAGCCCUUUUUGACAAUUAUAAUGGCAAUGUUGAGAACUGGCUGUCCAUGCCUAAAGAUCUGGAGAACGGCUUCAAACCCAAUUUCACAGAGCGUGCCUGCCCUGUGCGCGAGUACAAGACAGUGUCCCAGUCCAGCACUGACAGCGAAAGCAUCCUCUCAAUCCCAACAGAGCUGUCAUCAGAUAAUCAGUGCAUGCAUAGCUAUUCAUCAGCCUCCACCAUACCUGGAUCUGCCGAAACCCCACAAACCCAAGAUCAAUCGCAAAUUGAUAUUCCAGUCUAAAUCUUCAUCUUAAUCUGAGGCCAUUAAAGUUGAGAGUUUAUCUUUGAAAUUAGAAUCUUGAUUGAAACGAAAAAUAUUUCCAAGUGAAAAAGGGGGUUUGCAUGUCUUAUAUAAUGAUGAAUCCCAGUCGAAUCUAGUAUUGGCAUUUUGAAACGUUUUAUUUUUUUUAUCAACUCAAAACAAGGAAUGCUAACCGUUCAGUUGCUUCUUUUUCGUUUAAGCAGGGUAAUGUAGUGUUUAUAAUUGAAAUUGUGUUCUUUUUUUGUUUUGUUUUACAUAGUUUGGAGUUGGUUUUUGUUAUAAUAGGUCAGGUGGAGUUGCAGCAUAGUAGGCUAGUCAUGUUUUAAGGUUUAGGGUCGCUGGAAGGAAUGCUUCUAUAAGAUUAGCGUUUUUGCAAGCAGUGACUGUUGUAUCAAAGUGUAAGAUGUGUCUGUGAUGAUAACAUUUAUACUUAGUACAAAGUAAAUUCUAGAAUCUGGUUUGCGUACUGGUGGGGAAAUCCCAUCACCUACAAACCCAUGUAUUAUCAGAUUAUUUAGCGGAGUGCUAUUUGUGAUUCUAUUUGUAAUUAUUAGUGUAGUUGCAUAUAUAUUUGCAGGAAUUACACUUCAACUACACCAGCUGUUCUGAAAUGUUAUUUUAAGAUUAUUCUGUUUUUCUAGCCAUAUAUAUAUAUAUAUAUUUGUUUUAAAUGUAUAGUAUCUUUAUCAUACCAUAUCAUAAAAGGCCCUAAAAAGGCACCUGAAAUCUUAAAAUUAAACAAUGUUGGUAGCAUAUGUAUCUUGAUUAAUGAUCUAUUCGGUUUUCAUUAGGAUUUACUUUUGCACUUUUAGCUUGUUGCUCAUCUGUAGUACUCUGCUAAAAUGCCACAUU